AUGAAGUUCGAUCUUGCUAUCUUAUUGUAUUACAUACUUGGACAUCAAAUGAUCGGUACAUUGUCCGUUCAGACUGAAUCAAAAAGUAAAGAGUUGACUUCAGGAUUUUCAAAAGUUUCACCAAACAAUAUAAUACAAGGAAAGUUUUAUCACAGUGCAGCCUUCAGAAAAAAAGCAUGUGCCCUUUUUGAAGGACCACCAAGUUGUGCCAAUAUUGUGAAAACAAAUACUUCACUAUUCACUCACUUUGGUAUACUAGCAGAAAUGUCAGACAAUCAAAUGGAACCUUUAUCAGUAAAUAAAUUUAAUGAAAUUGCAGGAAAUCAAAGAUAUGAAUAUUUUGCAACGAGAAGUUGUAAAUUUAUUAUGGAACAAGUAACAACCAAGAAAAUGCCACAUUAUGAAAGACCUCACUGUAGUGUUGUUCAGUUUAUUCCAUCAGAUCAAAAAACCAUGUUUGCUGUAAUCGAUAUAGUUUAUGAUUCAAUUAAAGCAACACAACUAUCUGACCAAACUUUACUUGGAACAUUGAAACAAAAUAACAGAUUUCAUAUUAAUGGGAAAAACCUCAGUAAAAUUCAUAUUAAAAUCAUUUCUAAUACAAUGAAAAGAACAUGUAAGGAUUGUCAAUCAGUUUGCCCAUCGAAUUCAUAUUGUGUAGAUGUGAUGAAUGGAAUCAGUUGUGCAUGCAGAUUUGGAUGGAAAAAAGUAGGAGGAUAUAGUCGUUCAGAGUAUUGUACAUUACAUCCGAUUUCAAUAAUUCUUCUAAUUAUUGGCUCACUACUACUGAUAAUACUACUUAUUUUGGCUGUGUAUUUCUCAAGAAGGAUUACUAUAACAAGAUAUCUAAAACGAGUUCAAAAAAAGCAUAAUACACUAGAGGAAAACUCUGCUACUUGA